CUUCUCCCCUCCUUCUGAAGAUCCAUUCUGCCAGUUCCAGCUAUCGAUAUACAUCUCCAGAAACGUCCCACAGGCGCUUACAAACAUGCCAAAAACAUCCACACGCUCAAGCUCCACGCGCUCGAGUUCCCCCAGCUCCUACAGCAGACACCGCACAUCACCCCAUCCGCCGCUGCCGCUGCCGCCGCCUCCCCCGCCCAUCUCAACGCCGAUCGACCUCCAAAAAUGCUGCCAAUCCCCUCGGCUCCUUCCAGCCGCCUCUAUCGCUUAUGCAAGCCGCUCGGUGCUCACUGACCCCUUCGCCUACGCCGACGCCCUCCUCUGCUCCUCCAUCCCGCUCCGUGCCGCCAUCACCGACUGGCUAAACACCUUUUACAACACUACCGCUACUGCGGAAGAGCUCUACGUCACAGCAGGCAAAUAUCAGGCCCUCGAGGGGAUCCUACAAAAGUUUUCGGAUCCGGUGUUUACACGCUCCGUGUGGCUACUUGCGCCUUCACCACGGGGAUGUAAAACAAUAUUCGAGGACUGUUGUCUUGGGAGUAAGAUCCGGUUCGUACCGGAAGAUAAAGAGGGUAUCGACAUCGAGGCGCUAGAGCGGGGACUGUGCGAAGAAGAGGCGCGGGCUACAGCGGCGGUAAAUCUAAGACCCGCAUUCAAAUCACCAACAAAAUACCCUAAAAUAUACCGGCACAUAAUCCACCUCACACCGACCUUCCGCGAUCCGACCGGCAGCACCAUCUCCCUCGACCGUCGUACGCAGCUCGUGUCCCUCGCGCGCCGCUACGAUGCGCUCAUUGUCGCCGACGACGCGGGCGACUUCCUCCGAUGGGACGCCGCCUCGCCGCAAAUAACACCAAUGGUAUUCCUCGAUGCCAGUCUUCCCGGGAGGAGCGACUACGGCAACGCCGUCUCAAGCGGCGAUUUCAGCGUGCUUGUUGCGCCUGGUUGCAGGGUGGGGUGGGUCCAGGGCACGACCGCGUUCGUGGAGGCGAUGGGAAGAGGCGCGGAAGCGGGCGGACUCGAGGCUUCCUGUGUGUGGAAUCUUCUGACAACGGGAACGUUGCGGAGUUUUCUGGAGGAUGUGUUGAUUCCCACAUAUUCAAAACGACAUAAGGUAGUGCUCGAGGCGGUGGGCAAGUAUCUCAGUCCGCUGGGAGUAAAGAGGAGAGGGGAUGGUGGGUGGUAUUUGUGGCUUGACCUGCCGGAUUGGUGUGAUGUCCCGGUACUGGUGGAAAGAUUGAAGAAGGAGGAGAAGUUGGUAGUUGGACAUGUGGGGGUUUUUGAGGGCGGGGGUGGCGAGGAGGGACUGAGGAUUUGUUUGGCUUGGGAAGAGGAAGCCAGGAUUGAGGAAGGUGUCAAGAGGAUAGCUGAAGCUAUGGUGAGAUUGCGGAGGAAGGGACAUAUUGAUGUUAAGGAUUUGUUAGGAUAGGGUAAUCAUACUAAAGCACUCGGCGGCUACACAUCUCACAUGUCCGACCAAUAGAAAUUAAAGAAAAA